UUCAUGGUAGUCGUGGAAGAUGGCGGCCAAAAGUGGGACUUUGAAAUAUUCAGUGUACAAAUGGUCAAGUUUUUCCUCGAGCUAUUUGCCAGAAAACAUUCUCUGUGAUAACCCCACCGACCAGUCUUCAAGAUGGUCUUCAGACUCAAACAACCCACCACAGUAUUUGACACUCAAGCUAGAAAGGCCUGCCAUUGUAGAAGGUGUUAUAUUUGGAAAGUACGAAAAGACUCAUGUGUGCAACCUUAAGAAGUUCAAAGUCUAUGGUGGUUUGAAUGAUGAAAAUAUGGUAGAACUAUUAGAAAGUGGGCUGAAGAAUGACCAUGUGUCAGAAAUUUUUCCACUAAGAAAUGAAAUUGAUGGAAACCACUUUCCAUGUAGAUAUAUAAAAAUAGUUCCCAUACAGUCGUGGGGGCCCAGCUUCAACUUCAGUAUUUGGUACGUCAGUCUCACAGGAAUAGACGACCCUGCCACUGUCAAACCAUGUAUGAACUGGUACAAUACAUACAGGGAAAGGGAGGCUAUCAGGUUGUGUCUGAAGCACUUUCGACAGCACCACUACACGGAAGCAUAUGAAGCACUUCAGAAGAAGACCAAGGUUGCCCUUGAGCACCCUGCACUCACUGAGCUACAUAACACCCUGGUGAUCUCGGGUGAAUUUGAUGCUUGUGAAAAACUGGUAGAUAACGCUGGGGAAGAGGGCUGGUUCAACCAUUUUAUCAGCCAGCAAGACUACAGACCCAGGUGGACGGCCAUCGAGCCUGCCAAUCACUCCAGUGUGAACAAUGUUGCAGACACCAGAGACACCAGGCCAGGGAUGAGGGGAGGUCACCAGAUGGCCAUUGAUGUCCACACAGAUACCAUCUAUUUAUAUGGAGGCUGGGACGGAAACCAGGACCUCUCUGACUUCUGGGCUUACAAUGUUCCUAGUCAGGAGUGGACCUGUUUGUCUAAAAAUACACUGGAGGAGGGAGGUCCCAGUGCUCGUUCUUGCCACAAAAUGUGUCUAGAUCACGAAAGGAAACAGAUAUACACGCUGGGGAGGUACCUGGACUCCAGCAUGAGAACACCAGAGAACCUGAAAAGUGAUUUUUAUGUUUACGACAUUGACACUGGCAAAUGGACACUAAUCACAGAGGACACUUUCUCCAUGGGGGGUCCAAAGCUUGUGUUUGACCACCAAAUGGCCAUGGAUAUUGAAAAACAGACCCUCUAUGUCUUUGGUGGCAGAGUGCUUUCUAAUUUCCAGUACAGGGAAAGGGAGGCUAUCAGGUUGUGUCUGAAGCACUUUCGACAGCACCACUACACGGAAGCAUAUGAAGCACUUCAGAAGAAGACCAAGGUUGCCCUUGAGCACCCUGCACUCACUGAGUUACAUAACACCCUGGUGAUCUCGGGGGAAUUUGAUGCUUGUGAAAAACUGGUAGAUAACGCUGGGGAAGAGGGCUGGUUCAACCAUUUUAUCAGCCAGCAAGACUACAGACCCAGGUGGACGGCCAUCGAGCCUGCCAAUCACUCCAGUGUGAACAAUGUGGCAGACACCAGGGACACCAGGCCAGGGAUGAGGGGAGGUCACCAGAUGGCCAUUGAUGUCCACACAGAUACCAUCUAUUUAUAUGGAGGCUGGGACGGAAACCAGGACCUCUCUGACUUCUGGGCUUACAAUGUUCCUAGUCAGGAGUGGACCUGUUUGUCUAAAAAUACACUGGAAGAGGGAGGUCCCAGUGCUCGUUCUUGCCAUAAAAUGUGUCUAGAUCACGAAAGGAAACAGAUCUACACGCUGGGGAGGUACCUGGACUCCAGCAUGAGAACACCAGAGAACCUGAAAGGUUGCUGA